CUGCUGUCCUCCCAGCUGAUCCAUUCCUCCACAGCCGCAGGAGAAUAACUCCUUUGACUUCCUGGUAGAAGCAGCUGCCUGGCGUUUGCCUGACAGAUGAUUGCGAACCAUUUCACCUGCAGAGGCAUUAUAAACACUCACCUGUAUACCCACCUGAGGAAGCCGUGGAGAAUCCAGGACAUGGCCAGUUCAGACAUGGCUGCAUUCAGGGAGAUUUUCUCCAAAGCCAAUAACAUCGCCAUCAUCACUGGAGCUGGGGUGAGUGCUGAGAGCGGCGUACCCACCUUUAGAGGAGCUGGAGGCUACUGGAGAAAAUGGAACGCACAGGACCUGGCAACUCCAACGGCCUUCAACAAGAACCCUUCCCGUGUCUGGGAGUUCUACCACUACCGCCGUGAGGUAAUGCUGACGAAGAACCCAAACCCGGCUCACCUGGCCAUCGCCGAGUGUGAGGAUCGACUCAGCAGACAGGGACGUAAAGUCAGCAUUAUCAGCCAGAACAUCGAUGAGCUCCACCGCCGCGCCGGAUCCAAAAACAUCCUGGAGAUCCACGGCAGCUUGUUUAGGACACGCUGUAUGAGUUGUGGCCACGAAGAGGCUAAUUACAACAGCCCCAUUUGUGCUGCUCUGGAGGGCAAAGGCGCUCCAGAUCCAGAAGCACAUGAUGCCCAGAUCCCCGUCGAGAAGCUUCCUCGGUGCGAACAGAGGGGUUGCCAUGGCCUCCUGAGACCAGCUGUGGUUUGGUUUGGAGAGGCUCUGGACGCGGACAUCCUUUCCGGUGCAGAGGGCGUGUUGGACAGCUGUGACCUGUGUCUUGUGGUCGGCACCUCGUCAGUCGUGUAUCCAGCAGCCAUGUUUGCUCCCCAGGUGGCAGCCAGAGGCGUCCCCGUGGCCGAGUUCAAUAUGGAAAACACUCCGGCCACCGAGCGCUUCAAGUUCCACUUCCACGGUCCCUGCGGGACCACCUUACCCCCUGCACUGGCGCGCCACGAGAGCGAGCAGCACUGAGGGAACGCCAUCAGCUUCUGGACAGUCCAGCAGCAAGAUGUGGAGAGAACAUGGAACACAGAAAUCAAAGCAAAAGGGAAACUUGUUACAAACAGAAAACGUGAAGACCUAUGCAGAAUUUAAAGUACAGCUGCACCUUUGCUUGUUGUGAGAUCUGAAUUCUGAAGAGCUGCAGCUUAAACAGAAUUUUAUGAAAACAUAAAGAAGGAAACGCAAAAGAUGCCUGAAAAGCAGCUGUUGUGCUUUAGAUGUGUGAUGACGUGUAACAGCAGGGGGCAGUGUGGAGCUGCUGAAGCUUCCUCCUCAGGUGUGCUGUGGUUGUGAUAAAUAUAGACAGGAGUGUAACAGACUUUAACGCCUGUUGGUAUGGGCGCGGGUGUCCCUGAUGAGGUGUUUAGGGGGGGGGGGGGGGGAUUUUUGCUUUCAUUAUUGCCAGGUCAACUCUCUCCGAAGACUUUGUGGUAAUCAAGUGUGUAAAUGUUUAUAGUUGAGGUCAGAAGUGACUGAGCGCCAAAUAAAUCCUGUUAUUGGA